AUGCGUCCAGAGUUCAUAGUCUCGGCUCUUGCCGCAGCCCAGGGGGCCGCGGGCCGCACCAUUGCUACUCGUCAAGUAUCCGGAGUCUUGGACUCCCCCGAGCAGUUCGCGCUGUUCGCGCAGUAUUCCUUCUCGUCGUACUGCAAGCAGCUACACGACACAUCUCUCAAUACACCCGUCUGCACCAAUUCAGAUAAAACGCCAUGUCCAAACUUUGAAAACGCCACUACAGUUGCAGAAUUUGCUGCCAACGACCGAUUUCAAAUUGGUGGGUUUGUCGCGAAAAACCCGGGCCAGCAGCAUAUCGCCGUGGUUUUCAAGGGAACUGAUUCUGCCGGUGACAUUGCAACGGAUGCGGCCAUAGACCAGAUUGAUAGUGAUCUUUGUGAAGGAUGCAAAGUCCACAAAGGCUUCGGCCGCGCGUUUAAUGAGAUUCAAGGUCAGCUUGAGCAAACGAUCAAGACAGAAAAAGCAGUUCCGGGCCAAGAAAACUGGCGUCUUGUCGUAACUGGCCAUUCUCUCGGCGCCGGUGUAGCGACUAUAGCCGGCUCAUCUCUCCGCAAGCAAGGCAUGGCCCUCGACAUGUAUCUCUAUGGCUCGCCGCUGGUCGGCAACGACAAGUUUGCCAAAUUCGUGUCCUCGCAGGGGGGUGGCUUCACGGCGCGCAUCACAAACGCCAGAGAUCCCGUCACGGCGAUCCCCAAGAAUCCCCUCUCCCCAAAGACGUAUAAGCACAUUUCUCCCGAAUUCUGGUUCGCAGACGGCGUUGAGGGGCCGCAGGGGUUAUACACGACGAGCCGACAGGUGUGUAGUGGUGAAAAGGACUGCACGAGUGCGUCAUGUGCCAAGCUGUCCAAGGGAAUUUUACUCUCUGGUUGCAAUUUUACCGACCAUACAAGGUAUGCGGCCGACUUGAAGCCGUGCGAUGGACUGCAGGGCAGCACGCCCUUGGACAUUAUACCAGGGCUGAACGAUACUUUGGAGGCUGCCAAGGAGAAGAAGGAUAAAAAGAAGGACAAGAAGAAGGGCAAGUCUCGUGAGCGGAUAGUACACUUGGAGUAA